AUGAGAAGCUCGCGGUCGCCCAUCGUUCCAGUUCCGCAAAUCGAGUGCUCGGAGCGCGUCACUGAUCUCAAGAACCGUGUCAGGCGAGCUGCAAUCCGUGCGGGGUUCACCGAGCAAGCUGCUGUGCACGCGUUCGGCUCGUCGGUGAAUGGCUUUGGUGAUGAGACCUCAGACAUUGAUCUCGUGCUUGACGUGCCCGAGGAGAUUCUUGAACGAGAGUUCCCGUAUGCCUACAUACGCGACCUCAUUCCAGCCACGCUGGACUAUCUGUCCGAAUACCUUGAGCAGGAAGGUUUCCAAAUGCGCGAGAAAGUCUUGUCCGCCAAGGUGCCGAUAUUGAAGCUGACCAUUGAUGGCGUCGAGUGCGAUCUCUCUUGCAACAACCUGCUUCCAGUGUUCAAUACGAAGUUGCUGCGCCUCUACGCUGACAGAGACCGUCGAGUUGUGGACCUGGUCAGGCAUCUCAAGAUCUGGGCCAAGAAGGAGGGUGUUCAUGGUGCUCCGAAUGGGCACCUGUCCUCCUACUCGUUCUGUCUCAUGGGAAUCUUCUACAUGCAGCAGAAAUGUGGCCUACCUUGCCUGCAAACGAAUGCCGACCAGCACCCCCAGUGGUACCACGAGCGCAUGGGGCGGAAGGCUGGGCCCCCGUACUGUUGUAGGAGCGCAGAUAACGUGAAGGAGUGCAGGCAGAACCGAUCUGGGCGUCAGGUGUGCAACGUUUUCAUUGAUGAAGGGGCUGCCGCUACUGCAGAAACUGAACAGACGCGCCGAAGUAGUUCCGGUGUCUACCAAUUGAGCGUCCUUGGCAGCAAUUUCCACAUGGUCGAUGUUCAUGCUGAUGCUUUGCUUCUCACAUGUUCGUUGCCACUGUGGUUUGGAUUGGCGGAUUCCCGCUGUCUGGUGCACAUGGUUGGCUGUGUGGUGCUGAUGAUGAAGCAUGAGCUACUGGAGCCGAGGAGAUUUCGCCACAUUCAUGACUGA